AUGCCUUGCAGUGUCAAAAACCAAGCUCAGUGUGAAACGGUUUCCGUCCUGGGAGUUGGCCCUGCUUACAGGACACCACACAAUCCAUCAUCUCACUCCUCAUCCCGAGUCAGCAGUCCCUCUGCCGAAGUUAAAGUUAUUGCUACUCAAGUACCAGGCCCAUGUAAACACAUGUACACCAAUAUGUCUUCAGUGUUCAACUUCUUGAAUAGCGGGCAGUUUGAAACUGGACGCGAAGAAUGGCUUUUGGAUGAAAGAACAAUCAGUUGGCGGAAGUUUGAUGACGACGACGCUAUAAAACGCCCCUUAGUUAACAAACAAGGCAUGUCUUCGAACAGCAGCUGA